UGUGUGUGUGUGUGUGUGUGUUAUUUACAUUGUGGUGUCGGGGCUGGCUGCUCACACGUGCCGCUGUCUGUCGCCUUUGUCCUGCUUCUCAGCUCCACUGGCUGCCAUGGGCACUGCCCACAGGGAGAGGAGCUGACUGCCGCCUUUCCUAACAUUGCAUCCCUCGCAGCAGUAUCCACCAGCAUCCAGUCAUUGCACUGCGGGAGGAGUCUCUAGUCUAUUUUGCGCGUCUUCCGAGGCACAAUGACCCGAUUCCCGUAGGCGAUACCCAGCGACGUCUGCCUGGCUACCUGGAAGAUGCUGGGAUGAGGAGGAUGGAGCUUUUGAGCGUUUGCAUUUGGGCUCCGGCCGGGUUGGUUUCUGCUGGAUGAUGCGCAGGGGGGGUUCUCGGUGUCUUUAUGUUUGACCCUGAUUUGGAAAACCCCCAUCCCACCAGGAGAUCCAUGCCCCGGUUUUUGCUCCGUUGUCAUCAUCAUGUCCCCAGCAUCGGCUGCAACGGCCAGUGAAAGCAGCACCACCACCGUCCCCGAAGAGGAGUCGGACAGCCCCAGAGAGGAGCAGCGGCCCCACAAACAGUCCCUGACGAAAUCCUUGUGUCAGGAAACUCACUGGAAAUGCCUGCUGCUGUCCCUGCUGAUGUACAGCUGCGUCGGGGUGAUGGCCUGGUGCCAGGUGACCAAGGUCACACGCCUCUCCUUCGACAGUGCUUACAAGGGAAAAUCUAUGAUGUACCACGACAGUCCCUGCUCUAACGGCUACAUCUACAUCCCUUUGGCCUUCCUGGUCAUGCUCUAUGUGGUCUACCUGGUGGAGUGCUGGCACUGCUACACCAGGAAUGAGCUGCAGUACAAGGUGGAUGUGGACAGUGUGGCAGAGCGCAUCCAGCGAAUGCAGGGGGCUACGCCGUGCAUCUGGUGGAAGGCCAUUAGCUAUCAUUAUGUCAGGAGGACGCGGCAGGUGACGCGCUACCGCAACGGAGAUGCCUAUACCACCACGCAGGUCUACCACGAGCGAGUCAACACCCACGUGGCUGAGGCAGAGUUUGACUAUGGGAACUGUGGGGUUAAGGACAUCUCUAAGCACCUGCUGGGCCUUGAGGACUUCCCCAUCACCAGGCUGAGGUUCACUAAGUGCUUUAGCUUUGCCAAUGUGGAGUCAGAGAACUCCUACCUGACCCAGCGGGCCAGGUUCUUCACAGAGAAUGAGGGCCUGGAUGACUACAUGGAGGCCCGUGAGGGGAUGCAUCUGAAGAAUGUAGACUUUAAAGAGUAUAUGAUUGCCUUUUCUGACCCUAACCAACUCCCCUGGUACGCAUUAAACUCCACUUUCUGGGCAGCAGCUGCUUUCACUCUUUCCUGGCCUCUGCGGGUGCUGACAGAGUACCGUACUGCUUGUGUACACUACCACGUAGAGAAGCUGUUUGGCUUUGACUAUGUUCCAGCAACACCAUCUGAGGAGCGGCCGUAUUGCAGACACAUCCCGCGAGUCAACACAAUCGACAGCACAGAGCUGGAGUGGCACAUCCGAUCCAACCAGCAGCUGGUGCCCAGUUACUCAGAGGCAGUUCUCAUGGACCUGUCCCAGCUCUCGGGGAGCUGUAACAGCUACUCCGUAUGUGGAGGCUACGGUAGCUACAGGCAGAACUGUGAACGCUGCCACCGCGCCAUCAGUAGCUCCUCCAUCUUCUCUCGCAGCGCCCUCAGCAUCUGCAACACGGGGAGCCCCCGCAUCCCCUUCAGUGCAAGCCGCUUCUCGCUGGGUCGGUUGUAUGGCUCCAGGCGGAGCUGCCUGUGGAGGAGCAGUGGAAGCCUGAAUGAGCAGUCCUGCCCUACAGAGAGCACGCGCUGUCUGUCAGGCCAGCAGACCAGUGAGGAGAACCCUCCAGCCUACCAGGACGCUCUGUACUUCCCAGUGCUCAUUGUACAUCGUAACGAAGGCUGCCUCAACCACGACCACCGCUCCCUGCACAGAAAUGGCUCCUGUGUGGAGACUUCUCUAUGACCCACAGCUGCCAGACUUAUCUGAGCGAGGAAUAUAAUGACACAGGAACAGAGACUCUUUAGACCAAGGUUGGGCUAACAUUGACUUCUGCUUCUCCCUUGAGACUCAGUCACCUACAAGUUCCCACAAACAAGGAUUUGCUCAAGUUUUUAAAUAUACUGUAGCCUCAAAUAAAGAGGAAGCCAACUAUAUCUGGGAAAGUCCUCACAGUACAGUCAAUAGGUCAGGGAAAAACAGACUUGAUGCCAUUGUUGAGACUGUUUAAAAUACAACGCCGCUUUAAAGGACCAAACUGCCAAAGUGUCGCGUACUCUCCUGCAGCGAGUCAAAUAACCAAGGAAUACCAACAGGAGUCACAUCCUACUGUAAAUGCCAUAUUUGUAAAUCUUAGUCACAGACAAUUUACAAGGACGUGAGUAACACUUUCUAGUAUUUGAAGCCUAAUGUAGGUUUUGACUCAGCGGUAGCCUAAGAAAUUGCCAAGAAAUCAAAGGAAUAUGACAAUUAACGGAUGCCUGAAUGAGAAAUGAAGAAAUAUUGAGAAAAUCUCACACACACAUCACGUGAGUCCUGUGAAUUGGGUGAAUUAUGAGGGGAAAUGCAAAGAUAUCAGCCUCCUUGUCAACGUAUAAAUGAGACUAAAUAGUUUUGCUGAAAUAAAAUACAUGUCUUACGGCUCCUAUAAAGUGGAGUUAACUCAAAUCUAGCAGCUUAACGUCUGCAUGUGAAACCUUUUGAUGCUGCAUGAUUUAAAUCUGUUCAUGCAAAGUCAAUGCUCAAGGAAAUCCAUUUAAAAAAAUAACACAUUUCCAUAGUAUAAAAAUAGUGCAGAUGCUGAAAUAAAUAAAAUAUCAAGUUUGCUGGAAUUGGCUUGGAUGCAAUGACAUUAUACUUCCUGGGUUGCUGAAUAUAGCAACACAGUCGAUGAAUAAUUUAGCACAGGUGGGCUAAAGGACACAAGAACUUCAAACUGAAUCUACAACACUUCUUCAAACAGUUUCCUAAUAACUAUAAACUGUACAUUUUGUAUAAUGGCCAACUGAAUACUAAUAAACCUCACAAAAUAUUUAUAGAUCAGUGUCAAGUCAGCUAGUUUAAAAUCUCAAAGAUCCAUUUUAUUUCAUAUUUGGCAAUAUUUGUAUUCAGCCUACCUCUUUAUUUAAGUGCCUAGCGAUCAACUGUUACUGACAAAGCAUAAGCUAUUAUAACUCUAGUCAUCUCAUCUCAACAUCGUCUCAUUAAAAACAACUCGACUUUACACUCAUAAUAGCACAAGGUAAUGCACUGGAGAGAACCCGAUCUCAUUAUUGUUUAAAACACACAAGGUUUUAAGAAUCAGGCCCUGCACGGUUCUUAGACGAUUCUCCUCAUGAUAUAACACAGCUCCUGUAUAGCCGACUGCUGCUGCUGCUGCUGAUGCAUAUCAGAGAGACAGCCAGAGAGCUGGCCAUCACAGACGCUAGAAAUAGGCAGAGGCCUGGAUUCACUACUGAUAGUGUCAGAUUUAAUAAUAUGACAGGAUUACUUUAAAGAACUAAAAAAAAAAAAACUUCCUCUCAAAUGAGUGCAUGCAGUAUUUUAGUCCUGGUGAAUUUUCUUUUGCAGCCAAGCCAUGCACAACAAUAAAUGUUUAAUGGAUGACGACAAUCAGGCACGCCAGAACUUAACAUUAUGUAGGAAUAGGUUUCCAAAAUGUAACAAAGUAGCUAAUUAUUAAUAUUAAUUUGAAAAAUAACUGUAAAAUCCCACAGCACAACUCAUCAUCACUCAAAGUCUGCUUUAUUUCUUCUUUGCAAACGUUCUUAAUCCUGAUAGAUGAAAAUAAGCACAGAUCUUAUUCAAGAGUUAUUUAUAUACAAACCAGCCAGCCUUCAUCUCAUGAGACCUGCAGUGAAAGAUAAACUGGCGUGGAUCGUUUUCCACCAUUAAGACCAUUAAGAUCAUUAGAAUGUCUAAAAAUAGUAAAUAUCAAAAUCUUUCCUGUGGUCGGACAUUUUGUGUUACUUCUUGUUACAGCUUGUCUUCACAAUAAUGAGCCUGUAUUGUAAAUUUUGACCAAUUAGCCAUAUUCAGUACAUUCCACGUGUGGUGUUGCAGACUUUAUCUUUACAGCAAUACGAGAGAAUACACUGAAAAUAGUCAACCGGGGUGAGCGAUGAUAAAAACGAUGAGUCUAUCAAACCUCACAUUUCAUUCAACAGAGGACAGUUUAGGAAGAAAUCAUUCUGUAAACUCUUUUCACAACUCACAGGUCAUCUAUGCAAGCCCCUAGAACUCAGGAUAGUAUUCAGGGCAAAGAUUCUGCUUUGCAACAACAUCCAAAAACCUGUUUAUCCCUCCUUUCUCUCUGAACUUUAGGUUUAGGAAGCAGUUAUAUACACGGUUUAUUUUGCUUUUUUUAAAGGAUUCAGCAAGGACCAGCUAUGUAAUAACCAGUUUUUAAAUGUGGGGUUUUACAACCAAACAUAACAUGACUAAUGUUCUCAUUCCAGAUAACAAAGGGAACAUUAGUUUCCAACCGGUGAUUUACUAAACUGAAAUGCACCAUUAGAACUUAAGAAAUGUCUUAGGAAGUAAUGUGUUACAUGUUAUUAAUACUCCAUCAUUAAACAGCAUUUCAAUCAAGUGUCAGGUCAUAUAUGUUGACCAUAUCAAUAUCAAUAUAAAGAGAUCAUUGUAUUAGGUUAUCUUCUUAUAAAGUUUAAGAAAUAGUUCACGUGUAGAAACUUAGAAAUUAUGCUUAUUUGCCUUGCUGAGAAUUAGAUGAGUAGAUAAAGUGCGACCUAUCGAGAUGUGCUACGUCGCGGUUCUGCACAUGCAUGUGGGUUAAUGUUAGACUAUUGAUUCGAGCAGCAUAAACUGUUAGAACACCUGUUAUCUUAGCUUACACAGCCACAGCUAAACUAGCUCUGUCUGAACAAAAUCCAACUAUCAGCACCUCUAAAACUCACCAAUCACCACGUUUUAUUUCGUUAGUUUAUUCUGAACAAAAGCAGAAACGUAAAAAGAAGUUGUGAUUUUACAGGGUGUGUGUGCUGGAAUAUAAAGUGUUUCCUUCCCUUGUGGCUGUACUCCACCUGCUUCCAGUCUAUGCUAAGCUAAAAACAAGCGGGCUUUUGGCUGUAUUAGCCUUAUAUUUACUGGACAGAUACGAGCGUUGUUAAGAUCUUCUCAUCUAACUCUCAGCAAGAAGACAAAUAAGUGUAUUUCCUAAAAUGUCAAACUAUCCCGUUUAGGGUUUAUGGGUGGUGAACAACGCAAACCUUUUUGAGCAACAUGAACAACAUCGACAUUUUUUUAAACAGCAGGAAACCAAAUGAGACGCAGGGAUUGAAAUGAAUUAAUUAAAUUUCUUCAACCACAUAUUUAUAUAUAGGGAAUCAUGUACCGUCCAUGUAAAGGGUAAAGAAACCACAAGGACGAGCAUGCAAACUCCACAAGGGAUUAAAAAAUGUACUAAACCAUCUAUUGAGUAUAUAAUUUCGGGAUUUUAGUCACUGUUUUAUACUGAAGUCAUCACAUUCUCUCAUUCAUCAUUAGCCAACAAGCCUUUCAGAUGGCUUCACUGUGAUAUCCAUACAUAGUCAUGUGUAAGAAUAGAACAAUGUGUUUACCAGUGCAAUGUUUACGUAACAGCGGUGACAAAAAAAAUAUUUGGGGGCGUUCAAAAUGGUUAUAAAUCUAAUUGGAAGGUUCAUAACGAGACAUUUUUCCUCCAUAGAUGACUGUUAGCAUAAAGGCUUUUGUCAUGCAAAGCACUGAACCCUUUAUCAUGUGUAUUAAGUAGAUUAGGUUGUUAUGAUACGUACUCUUUCACUCAAGAACGCUCUGGGGUUCGUCUUUUUAUAUUCCAAUCAUUUUUGUGGAUUUUCAAGACUGUAGGGCAAGAAAAGGAUUUGUACUGUAAAUAAAACAAUAGAGGCGAGAGGCCGGAAUGACUAGAAUGACUGUCGAUGUGGCGCUUGUGCUUAGCUGAAUGUGUCACGCACACUUAGAGGUAGCUGAAGCAGGGACAUUUUUUGAUGUGCAGAUGUUAAAUGGUGAGUUUGGUAAGUCACAAAUGGCAAUACAAAUACAAACUGUAAAAUGUUUUACAGCCGGCAGCAUCUUUGUGCUGCUUUUCAUUUACUAGUUUGAAUGAUUUGUGUUUCCCUUUAAACCCAUUUUUACAUUUUUUUAAAAUCAUAUUUGAUACACCUUUAUUUAACUAAUAAUGUCACACAUACACACAAACACAUCUUUUUUAAAGAACAUGAUUGGGUGAUUAUUGAUAGUGAUUACUGAUGUAAAGAAUAUCAGUAUUCUAUCGUGUGUAGUUUGCUUUAUGUACUCGUCCACCAUCAAUUUACAGAAUAGGUUCACCUCUUUUUGUAUGAUUCUAGAAAACAAGUGAUUUUGCAAGAUUAAAAACUGGAAAAAUGUGACAUUAAUUACACUUAAGAUGUUUUAUUGCUGCCUAGCAAAGGUGUUACUACCAUACUAUUAGCCAGUAGAUAUAGGUAAAAAAAAAAACACUAAACACAAGUCUGUAUGUAUUCCAACAUCACCACAACGUUGCCUUGAUGUUACAUAAGGACUGAAUACCAAAUCUGUGUCAAAAUCAAAAUGGGAAAAAAAAGCUCCUCAAUAAACUGAAAUGCUCACUAAAA